UUGGUAGUUUUUUUUUUUUUUUUUUUUUGCUUAGCCACAAGACAACGAGCAAGCAUCGGGUGUCCAAAGACUAACGACAAGGCAAAAAAUGAUCUCAACGCCUCUUCUUGCAAUUGCAAUUGCGGCUGCUGUGGGUUCUACCCAAGAGUUAGUGGCAGCGCCCGAAGGAUACAGCAAGGUCUACAUAACGUCAAACGUCAAUACCAAGUUUGUGGUUCAACCUAAGGCGGCCUCGGUCGGGAGUACCUUGGUUGUCCAACAACUCAAUGGCAACCCCGAACAACAGUGGUACAUCAAAGCGGGAAAGACCAAGAUCCAGCUGGUCGACACCACGUGGUGCAUGGAUGCCGGGCUGAAGGCAACCUGGAGAAAUAUGGCCAACAUCAACCUAGCAAACUGCUCCGACGCCGUCGAUGGUCAGAAGUGGAACGCCAUGGCGGACGGGCGCAUUGCCCUUGAGCUGUCGCCGCAACCGCAGCAUUGCCUCGACCUACAAUACAUGCGAGCCACCCCUGGCAACGCCGUCGGGUUGUACAGCUGCGCGGGGCUGGGGAACACUGGAGCCGCCGACAAGGGGAUAAACUUUCCACUGGUCAACGUGACGAGUUCCUGAGCGUACUGUUGUAGCAAAGAGUGAUUCAAAAACAGCGAGAGCGACGCUGUGUCGAACAAAGAAUUAUACUUCUGAUU